GUUAUUCAUGAUUCCGCGCGUAUCAAAAGAUGACGAGACAACUUCCUCAAAACAACCACAUCCUCCAAAAACACCAGCACCCUAUGAAAUUAAUAAUAGUAAUUAUAGUAACUUCUAUAACCCUUUACUUAAAUCCGUUAUUGUUCCGUCACCAUAUAAAGUCGACACUACGGGAAAAAUGACGCUAGAACCAAGAUUCGGAGGUCUCCUAUGGAAUUUCACUAGUCGUUUUUGCAUAAUGUCGUGUUCGUUAAUCGCAAAAUUCUUUCUGAGAUUUUGUACCAAAUCGACUACCAUCUAUAAUAAGGAACCCUUUGUUAGGGUGUUAAUGGAUCCUAAUAGAACACGUCCUAUCCUUACAGUUGCUAAUCAUUUGUCGACUGUAGAUGAUCCGCUAUUAUGGGGUAGUCUUCCAUUUUGUAUAACAAAAUCAACGAGAACUAUACGUUGGACACUUGGUGCUCAAGAAAUAUGCUUUACCAACAAUUUUCUAUCGCAUUUUUUUGCUCUUGGUCAAGUUGUGCCUACCGUUCGCGGUGCAGGAAUUUAUCAACCAGCGAUGAAUUUUGCACUUGAUAAACUUAAUGAAAAGGAAGGAAAUUGGGUUCAUAUAUUUCCCGAAGGAAAAAUUAAUCAAACAUCUUCAAUGAUUCCGCUAAGAUGGGGCGUCGGACGUCUAAUGAUGGAAUCAAAAAAUCCGCCGAUUGUUGUGCCUUUAUGGCAUAAAGGUCUAGAAACGGUAAUGCCAGAAGAACGAGACAACCCAUUUGUUCCUAUUCUCUGGCAAAAAGUGGUGAUCGCUUUUGGCGAACCAAUCGAUCUCAAAGACGUUCUCACUGAAUUUCACGAGGGAAAAGCUGAAUAA